AUGAUGCAGAGCUCCUUGCUGGCUGCCGUUGCGGGCCUUGCUGCCUCGGUUGCAGCUCUUGAUCCCGUCGAGGCGACCGGCAACAAGUUCUUCAACAAGGAUGGAUCGCAGUUCUUUAUCAAAGGUGUUGCGUACCAGCUCCAGCCACAAGAUCCCCUCGUCGACACCCAACAGUGCAAGCUGGACGCCAAUCUCAUGAAGGACCUCGGCGCCAAUACGAUCCGCGUCUACCAUGUCGAUGCCGACGCCGACCAUGACGGCUGCAUGAAGGCCCUGGCAGACGCCGGCAUUUACCUCCUCGUCGACCUCGACACUUUUGGCACCUACAUCGAGCCGGUGACACUUUCCUGGAAUGACACCCAGUACGACGAGUAUGCCAAGGUCAUGGACACCUUCCACAAAUACGACAACGUUUUAGGCUUCUUCGUUGGCAACGAAAAUAUCGCCACCAAGGACGCCUCGCCUGCCGCCCCCUUGCUCAAGGCCGCCGCGCGUGACAUGAAGGCCUAUCGGGACAGCAAGGGUUACCGCAAAAUCCCCGUCGGCUACUCUGCCGCCGACAUCAAGGAGCUUCGUCCCAUGCUUCAAGACUACCUGACGUGCGGCGACAACUCGUCCGAGAUUGUCGACUUCUUUGGCCUCAACUCGUACUCUUGGUGUGACCCCAGCACGUACGAAGAGUCGACGUACAACCAGCUUCAAGAGUAUGCCAAGGGCUUCCCCGUCCCCAUCUUCUUCACCGAGACGGGCUGCAACGUGCCAGGUCCUCGAAGGUGGGACGACAUGGACGCCAUUUUCAGCAAGCCCAUGGUGAAUGACUGGAGCGGCGCUAUUGUCUACGAGUGGAUCCAGGAGCAGAACAACUACGGCAUCAUCACGUACGGGUCUCACGGCAUGCCCACCCCUAGGAGCCCCGACUUUGACAACCUCAAGUCCAAGUGGGCCGGCUCCCAUCCCUCUGGCGUCAGCAAGGCCGACUACGAUGCCAAGGCCGUGUCGACGCGCCCGUGUCCGACGUCAACGCCUGGUGGCUGGUGGCAGGUGGAUGGCAACGUCAAGCUGCCCACCCUGGGCGACCGCCACCCCGGACCCAGUUCCACGGUGGAUGCCAGCGCAAGUGAGAGUCAGAAGAAGCCAGUCGAGACGGCGACUCGCAUGGGCGACGACAACAGUGGCAACGCAGCUUUGGCUGACCAACGGAUUGCUGCCAUUGGGGCGGGCCUGGCGGCAACGGUGCUCUUUGUCGCACUGAUUCUGUAG